AUCAGUGGGUGCGUCUACACUGAUGCUGUGAAUCCUGCCAGUGUCGAGUCUCCAUCAUCAUCUUCAUCACUGCAGUAAGAACGGAAGCAGCAGCAGCCGCAGCAUCACUGCUCGGAGUCUCUCUGCCAUUAUAUCUGCAUCACGGCUGAAACACGGGACGGAUCGAGGCUUCACGGGAGAACCAGCGGACAUACACAAGUUUCCCCGCGAUGGUGCCUUUAUUUUUGCUCCUGGUCGUCCGCAUUGGCGCGUCCAUCUCACAUCCGACACCCGCGGGUGAAGUAUGUGAACCGGUUCCAUGUGAGAACGGUGCUGACUGUCCCAGUACACCGGCUGAUGAAAAUGUUUCCUCAUCAGGCUGGGAAGAGCAAGCUGUAAUUGGGCCCUGCCGCCCGAACCCGUGUCACAACGGAGGGGUGUGUGAACUCGGUGAGACCUACCGCGGCGACACUUUUGUCGGAUAUUUGUGUAGGUGUCCGCUUGGCUUCGAUGGUGUCCACUGCCAACACAAUGUUAACGAAUGUGAGAAAAACCCAUGCAAAAAUGGAGGCAGCUGCACAGACCUGCGAGCAAACUACACCUGCCAGUGUCCCGGCGAAUACAUGGGGCGGAACUGUCAGUACAAAUGUUCUGGACCUUUAGGGAUGGAAGGGGGGAUCAUUUCGAACCAGCAGGUGACGGCUUCCUCCACACAUCGUUCUCUGUUCGGCCUGCAGAAAUGGCUUCCGUACUUCGCCCGACUCAACAAGAAGGGCCUCGUCAAUGCCUGGAGCGCAGCCGAGGGUGACCGAUAUCCAUGGAUUCAGAUAAAUCUACAGCGGAGGAUGAGGGUGACCGGACUGAUAACACAGGGUGCCAAGCGGAUUGGAAGCCCAGAGUACGUGAAAUCAUAUAAAGUGGCGUACAGUGACGACGGAAAAGCCUGGAGCAUGUUUAAAGUCAAGGACACAGAUGAGGACAUGAUAUUCACCGGAAAUACUGAUAAUAAUUCCCCCUCAGCUAACUCCUUCAGUCCACCAAUCGAAGCGCAGUACAUCCGCAUUUACCCACAAGUAUGCAGAAAACACUGCACACUGCGAAUGGAGCUCCUGGGCUGUGAGCUCACAGGAUGUUCAGAGCCCAUGGGGAUGAAGACCGGACACAUCCAGAACUAUCAGAUCACCGCCUCCAGUGUGUUUCAGACCCUGAACAUGGACAUGUUCUCCUGGGAACCCUCCAAGGCCAGACUGGACAAACAGGGCAAGGUCAACGCAUGGACAUCAGCCCAUAACGACCAAUCCCAGUGGCUGCAGGUGGAUUUUCAGAUUACCACCAAAAUCACAGGAAUUAUCACCCAAGGAGCCAAAGAUUUCGGGCAUGUGCAGUUUGUCGGUUCCUAUAAAGUGGCGUUCAGUAAUGAUGGGGAGAAAUGGCUCAUGUAUCAGGAUGAGAAACAACAGAAGGAUAAGAUCUUCCAAGGAAACUUUGACAAUGAAACGCACAGAAAGAAUGCGUUAGAUCCGCCGAUCUACGCCCGAUUCAUCCGGAUUCUUCCGUGGUCAUGGUAUGGACGCAUUACUAUGAGGGUGGAGCUUCUGGGGUGUCCAGAGGAACAAUGAAACUACGGCGCAUUUUAUGACAGACUGUGUAAAAACAACAUUUCUAAUGGUGAUCUUUCAAGGAUGCUUUGGCCUGAUUGGAAAAUGAAAGAUCUUUUGAUUACAGUCGAUGAUAGUCAAUGAUUGUGAUGACUUUGAAUGGAUUUUUUUGAGGGGUUUUUUCGCUCUGGAAAAAACAAUUUACAAUGCUUUUCAAAUGUUACUGUCACUGUACAACUGACUACUUUAUUUCAUAGUAUUAUUAUCAGAAAUAGGUCGCUUGUAUUCACUCAGGUCAAAGGUCACAUGCUAGAAUAGUUUGAGUAUAUGAUUUCUGCAUAUAAGGAGGAGGUGAGAACUGUUGUUGCUAUCCUUAUGGAUUUAUGUAUAUUAACUAUCAAAUGGUGUCAUUUGUAAUUUAUUACAAUUCAAUCGAAGCAAAAUCAAUGAAUGAAAAGUAUAGGAGUGGGGUAAACUGUGCCGCUUAGCAAGAUUUACUUCACAUGGAAGGACACAGACUUAAGACUAAAGGCUCAUUCACACCAAGAUCGAUAACUAUAUUAGCAUCCACACAAUGUAUGAUAUCGUUCUGUUUAUUUAUUAUAAGCGCGCACUGCAGUUUGUCAUCAGCCAUUUUAAAUGCUCUGUUAUCAUUAUAUAGUGGUGUAGACUCUGCUAUUCUUAUCAAUUUAGUAUGAUUUCAUAACUAUAUAUUUUCUGUUAUCUUAGUGUUCAUCCUUGGUGUGAACAGGCCUUAAGUGUGGUCAGAUUUACCAUUGCUUGGCAAAUUUUUGUGAGUGAAAUCCAGACAUUUAAACAAAAAAACAGACAUUUGGGAAUUUUGCAUGAGGGGAAUUUUUCCCCGCACCAAUUUCACUUCAGUUUCAAGUCUGUCACACGAAUUUACCGCUUUGACCAACAGAGCGCGUUCAAAAUAUUUUAGAACUCAAUUUAAGAUUCAUGUAUUCAAAUUAAAAUGUCCACCCAUUUGGAAUACAAAACAAACUAAUAAUAAUAAAAUGAUGCAUAUUUAGAUACACAGUAACCGGGAUUAUAUAUUUAUAAUCAAUAAAACAAAUUUGUUUCAGUCUUAUAAAUUUGAAUAAACUUGAAUAUUGCUUGUUUUCACAUUUUAAUCAUGUUCAUGCUUUUUAACUGAAUAAAUUCAAUUUAAUUCACAAUGAAAAGAUUAAAUACCAAUUCUGCAAUUUGAAUAAAUGCAUUUUGAAAAUAUGAUUAUUUAAAUUAAAUCAAAUAGAUUUAAAUAGCUAAUAAUAAACCAUGCCAUGAUUUCUUUGAGAGGAAAACUUCAUUUAUGACUGAUAAAUAUGUAUCAAAUUAAGUUUAUUAGCUUAUUAGUUUAUUCCAAAUGGAAAUAUUCAAAUAUGGAUAUAUUUACUUUUCAAGUAAAAUGAAUAUGAAUAUAGAUGAGAAAGAUUAAUUUCUUAAUACAAAAUUGUCUUUUGUUGAUGCACAUUUUUUGCACUUUCACAAACCACCCCAAAAAAUUAGAAGGAUUAAUAUUCAAAAUAUUUUUUACAGCUACCUACAAAAAUGAUGCAGUUCAAUAGAUUAAUGGAGGCGAUACGUAACAAUUACUUACAACAACGUAGCGUUCAGUAUUUCAGAUAUAUCCAAAGUCAACACAAACAACAAAGUUAACAUGAAAUCAAAAUGAAAUGAGUUCCUGCUGGAUAAAUUAAUUUUUGUACCAUUUCACUCAAAAAUACUGUAUGUCAAAAUACCGAAGUGGAAUGAUAUUUACGCUGACUUUCAUGUUGACUUUAACUCGAUUAAGCGAGAACAAGCCAACAAACAUUUUCUUUCUUUCCUUCUUUUGUAGUGUUUUUUGAAAACCUGUAAAUGCCAAACAGUAUAAAUCAAGAGCAGUUUUGGUAUAAUCAUAUCUUAUACUAGCUUUCUACCGUAUUUCUUCAUUGCUGUAUUCACUGGACAGUAUUGAACAGACCUGAUUAUAAUGUACUAUAGCAUUACUGAACUCUUAAUGGUCAUUUUAACAAUAAAAAUCUAACUGUGAGACCGU